AUGAAUAACACAACCGGCUUGGCACUGGCAGGAGCUGGCAGCCGGGAGGAGUUACCGGCGCAUCGAGCUUUAACGGGCUGCGUCCUGGCGCUGCUUAUUAUCUGGACGCUUUUAGGCAACUUUACGGUUUGCGCAGCGGUUUUUCGGUACCGGCACCUGCGCGCCAAAGUAACCAACAUCUUUAUCGUGUCCCUGGCUCUGUCGGACCUCCUGGUCGCCGUGCUGGUGAUGCCGUGGAAAGCUGUUGCUGAAGUGGCGGGUUUCUGGCCGUUUGGGGGGUUCUGUAAGACCUGGCUGGCCUGCGACAUCAUGUGCUCCACGGCCUCCAUCCUCAACCUGUGCGUGAUUAGUGUGGACCGAUACUGGGCCAUCUCCAGCCCUUUCCGCUAUGAGAGGAGUAUGAACAAGAAGGUGGCCUCUGUUAUGAUUGGCGUGACCUGGACAGUCUCCGUGGUCAUCUCCUUCGUUCCCGUGCAGAUGAACUGGCACCAGGCGGAGAUCGGUGAUCCGGCUGCGGAGGAUGUGGCGCUCCACGGUAAGAGUGUUGACGGGAGCUGUGAUUCCAGCCUGAGCCGCACAUACGCCAUCUCCUCCUCCCUCAUCAGCUUCUACAUUCCGGUGGCUAUCAUGAUUGUCACAUACACCCGCAUCUAUCGGAUAGCACAGAUGCAGAUCCGGAUGAUAUCCUCCUUGGAGCGGGCGGCGGAGCACGCGCAGAGUUGCCGAGCGGACGCACCUGAGCAAUUUCCUCACCUGCGCACGGAAAUAAGUACCAACUCUUAUCAGUCUCAUACCCGUCCUUAUCCCGAUACUCGGCACUCUAAUCAGUCACACCGGGAGCUCAAAGUGUCCAUCAGAAAAGAGACCAAAGUCCUCAAAACUCUGAGCAUCAUCAUGGGCGUUUUUGUUUGCUGCUGGUUGCCAUUCUUUGUCCUGAACUGCGCUCUGCCCUUCUGUCCUGGGCCAGAGGCCUCAGGGGCCCAGCGGGGCCCUCACUGCGUCAGUGAAAAAACUUUCGAUGUCUUCGUGUGGAUCGGCUGGAGCAACUCGUCCCUCAACCCGGUCAUCUAUGCGUUCAACGCGGACUUCAGAGACGCCUUCCUGCGGCUGCUGCGCUGCCAAGGACGCGGCUGCUGCGCCGCGGUGAGCGCAGCGGUGGAGACCGUGAUGGCGAGCAACGAGGCCGGACAGCUGAAGCAGGAGAUCCCGCUGAACAUGAAGCUGAGCGUCUCAUGUACCACGAAAACCGGCGGAAGCGAGGACAGCGGGAACACAACGGUGACCGCGUUUUAUCACAGAGGCACAACCUCGGAGCAGGUGACGGACACUGAGGAUAGUAACGACAAAGCCAGACUGACCCAGAUACCGAUUUAA